UAAGUGUCAGCUGUUUCACACAACAUGCUCUCGUACCGGCAGGACGUACCUUCACAAUAACAUAGAAUGUGAUGAGAAGAGCUAGUCGUCCUAUGCAUGGACAACUCUAUAUAUCGACUAAGAGUCAGAUCAGGUGGAAGCUUUAACAGUGGCAGUAAACGGGCUUGAUUUCCACGCCCAGCUGUAUUCGCCUUCAGUCGGAUGAAAUCGUACAGGCGGCCGUUCAGAUAAGGUGUGGGUUUCCUUCUAACUUUCUGUCCUCACAUCAAUGGUGGUAAACCUAGCUGAUGGAAGGGAACGCUGUCAAACAGCUCAACAUGGUCUCAAGGCUGCCCAAGUUUGCUUCUUGGCCUUCAGGCACCACUAUGACCACCCUUCCUCAAGGAUCUGGCUUCCCGGUUUCCUCAUCGGAGUCUAAAGGUGGACCUCUAGGCAGGCACAAUAAUUUAACACGUCUGCAAUCCCCAAAUUGGAGAAAGGGUGAAGAGGUCAUUGGAAAUAAAGUACAACCCUCUGGCAGUUUGGAUGAGGAGACUAGUGUAACUAUAAAUUCACAGUCUCCAGUGAUGGUGACUAAAAAGCCUUCCCCUGCAGCUGGAGUAAAAUGUAAAAGUUCAGUCCCCACUUUACAAAGUAGUUAUCCCAGGAGCGUACCCCAGCCUAGCAAAACCUUUCCCCGCAUGACUACUCCCAAACGCCUCUCAACAGGGAAUUCACUGUAUAAUGACAUAGCUACUCAGAAUGGAGUAAGUGCUGGUAAUGGGCGCUGUGGCUCGUCAGGGUCCGGUGUUGGUCAUGUUCCCCAGCAAAGAACCCUGCAGAACAAACUAUCAUUGUCUAACGACAGCAUCAAGUCUGCCUCUAAAGACAGCAUAGUGCGCUCUCAGAGUUUCACCCAUUCCAAGAGGGCAGCAUGGUCCACCAACACACCCAUUACCCGUUCCUACUCCUUUAACAAAGCUGCAGAUCUUGCUAAAGAACUUCCCAGACCUUUGGCACAAUCUCCAGUGGCUAAAUCAUCCCCCAUACAGCCAAAUAUAGUGUUUUCUGAAGAGAAAGUAAGUAAAUAUGGAAUUCCAAGACCAUCUGCAACGACUAGCAGUCAUCUUUUGCAGACAAACACAACAAAGAAAUCCCUUUUGCCUAGCUUUUCAAGUAACAAACCUUCUGUGCUCAGCUAUAGACUUACACGUCCAACACUAACCAAACAUCCCCGUCCUGUUCUCCCUGGAACUGUCCAAAAAGAAGCAGAAUUGAGUAAAAAUGUCCAAGACGCUACAAAGAUAGCAGACACCACUUCAGAACCAAGUAGCAAAACUGAAAGUAUUGAAACUAUCCCAAAUGAGAUUUCUUUUGAAGCAAAGGAGGCUGAGCGGAGUCUGGGCCCCUCCUUGGAGGAUAUGUCGCUAUCAUCGUCCUCCUCUGUGGAACACAAUGACACUAGUGAAGAGUAUAUGGAUGACUUUGAUAAUCUUGGGAAUGGAGGUGAGACCCUGCUGCUGCCUGUCCUUGAUGGGUUUGACCACUUAGGACUAUGUAAAGAUGACAGCGCUCUAAUUACAAAGUGCAAUGAGGAAUCGUCGGUGACCAGCCUUCACACCUUCUUAUCCGAAACUGUUGACUGGGCAGGGAUGGGCCUCACAGCUGGUAAAGAUGGCUUUGAGCAUGAGAUGUUGUCUUCUGAAGGCGAUUUUCCUCAUGGCUCGUCUUUGGACCUGUCACCCUCAGACAGCUCCGGAGGGACUUACAUGUGGGACGAAGAGGGAAUGGAGGCACUGGCAGACUCUGGACACCCCUGUGGAAGCUUUGACUCUGAUCUCAACAGCAUGGACAUUCUCAACAACCUGGAGAAUGUGGAGUCAUGUGAUCUGGAGGAAGAUGACCUCAUGUUGGAUUUGGACUUGUCUGAAGAUGCAUCUUUACACAGCGACACUGAUGGGAUGUCACCUUAUGAAUUCUCUGAAAAAGAUGGCUGGCCAACUCAAAGGAGGAGACGACAGCAACACUGGGGCAGGCGUGAUCAGUUCUGCUAUGAAAACAGAAGUGGCAUUCUGCAGUCCUUUAACGGGCGCAAGGAACAGGGGCUGGAGAGGUCAAGGUCAGACCAUUUGACAUUGGAUGAGCUGACUCUGAAACUCAUGGUUCAAGACUGCUCUUCUGUCAAAGAACAGCUGCUUCAACUGAAGACACUGCUUCAGUUAGAGACCGAUGGUUCGGUUGAAGAUACUUUAGAGGCUCAUACUCCACCAUCCACUGACCAGUCUUUACUCGAUCAUAAGGUGGCCCUGCUUUUGAAAGAGGUUCAGGAACUGAGAAAUGAGCUUAGAAGCAAAGACAAGAUGAUCGCUGAGCUUUCCCAGCAGCUGUCUUCUCCAGUAGAGGAUAUGCAGUGCCACUGCUUGCAGGGGUCAGAGACUAACAAGGAGUCACCAGAGCAUCAGGACAAGGAUACUCAAACCUUGUGGAAGGCACAUAAUCUGCAAAUACUACAGACUUCCAGAUUCUUACCCAACACGCUCCACAACCGUGAAGGACUGUCAAGUCCAACCUCUUCAGAGGCGCCUUGUGACCGUUUGGAUGCCAAGCCUGGUCACCACCCACUGACGCCCCAGUCCUGCUCCCCAGACCUACAAAGUCCCACCACUGUUGAGUCUACCCCAAACUGUGCUGUACCAACGGUAACUAUAUCUGCUGAUAGCUCUGCUGCCUCCUCUUCCAGAACAUUUCAGAGCUCUGAUCCUGCUGAGCUUGGCCUCAUGAGCAGCCGGCUUAAAAUCAAUGAGCCAGCAAGCCCACCAGCUUCUGCCAGCUUUUGCUCUAAGCUAGAGACAGGUAUACAAAAACUUCCUUUGAGAAGAAGCAGUUUUUCAACCCUACAGCCACCCACUUAUAUUAAGAGAGCUUCAACAUUCAUCAAGCCCCAGGAAGUACAGCAGGUCAGUAUGUUCACCGGAGCCCUGGGUAGGUUUGGAGCCACAGGUCUAUCCAGAACAAGACAUCAACCUUUAUCAGCUCCCGGACUACCUUGCAUCAACCCAGUCCGACAAACAACCAUGCACAGCACUACUGUACCAAUAUUUAACCAACAAAAUCAAGGAUACAGACAGUCCUUAUUGCUCAGAAAGAUAGAGAGCAGUUUGCCCAGAGCCAUUGCCCCCCUCCAGCCCAAACAUUCCCGCCUUCCUAAGCCAAAGACACUUUCUUCUCUCCCAAACCCUGCUGCUCAACAAGGUCAAACAACAACCUCCCCCGCUCUGUCUUCUCGUAUGCUUCCACAAUUCUAGAUUAGCUAAGCAAGGCUUCAGGCAUCCCACCAGAGUGUAGAAAAGCUGCUGCUUAAGGCUCUGUUUGUAUCAAGUAUCUUGCUAGUUAUGCUUACCAUGUACAAAACAUGACAUAAUGCACAAAGUUGUAAGAGACACUAUUGUCCAACUUGUACCUUUGCACCUUGCAUAAGAUAGUGCUUCUUUGAUAGAUUAUCAAGGCGCCACUUCUCUAGGACAACGACCAAAACCAAGCAGAGUAUUGUUAUUGCUCCCACAUAAUCUUUUUGUAUCGCUCUUAUUGAUCCUUUUGAGAGAGACUUGCAUUUUCUUGUCUUAACUAACACCAUGUUAUGUGCACCGCGUGGGCCAUGAUGAGGGGUGCCCACUGAGAUUUUGAGAGGAGCCGUCUUUUCCAAUUGCUUCUCUACCCAUCUCUCUUUGUACCUUUGUUCUUUGCCGCUAGCAUGAAGAUUGCGUCCUGCUGGAAUUGGCCUCCCACCACCGUACCUAAUAAGAGCAAGUUCUGGAAGCCAAGUCAAUCUUACAGCAGAAUGAGUUGUAAGGUGUGAACAUAAUGUAAAAUGAAAAAAAUCUGUCUGUGAGGAACAUUAGUCUAUACAGUGAGACAGUUUGAAGAGAUUGGCAUAGCUACUUUACAAUUAGAAUGAUUUUGCCAAGUAGGACAUGUUUUUUGAUUGUUGGUCCUGGACCACAUUCAUCAGAUUUGAAGGGGAUAUUGGAUGCAAGAUUCAAUUUUAAUUGUGUUAUAGCAGUGUGGACACAACAAAAAAAUACAUUUACUCCUUUUUUUUUAAUCCCCAAGAAAACUAAGCAGUCUCAGUUAUCAAGCUGUUUUUAUUUUCUGAGGAGUAUGACAUCAUACUGUUCAGACCCUGCCCCCUGACUACUGAUGGACUGUCCCGUAUUAGCAUAUUUCCGCCCUCAGCCACUUGUACAUUUUCCGUCAUUUUCUUCUCACUCGAGCAGAGACACAAAUGUCUAGUAAGCAAUGCAGGUGUUGGGUAUAACAGUAAACAUAUAAAUUUUCAUUUUCUCUUGACAUCAGAGCCAUUGAGGGUACAGUGGAUUAGUUUUAUUUUUGAUGUCAACGUGACACCAAAUACACAAAAAAAAUGGAAAAGAGGGGUGGUGUGAGCUCUAGCUCAUUAUCAUUUAAAGAGGCAUGCACCGAAAUAGGUCACUGUGAACAGAGCUGUUUUUGGCAAGGUAAAAAGGUGUUGUUUUAGAACAAUUUGGUUCAUUUUAACCAAAGUAUGUAACAGACAUUUGAUGAAGACCCUAAAGAAUCAUACUAACUUCUGGAAAAUGGGCAUGUGAUGUACCCUUUAAAGGAGAAGUCCACAUCCAAAACAAAAAUUCACAGAUAAUGUACUCACCCCCUUUUCAUUCAAGUCUUUCUUUUUUCAGUCGUAAAGAAAUUCUGUUUAUUAUUUCAUAUUAUUUUUUCCCAUAUAAUGAACUUUUAUGGUGCCCCGAGUUUGAACUUCCAAAAUGCGGCUUCAAACGAUCCCAAAUGCGGUUAGAAACGAUCCCAGCCGAGGAAGAAGGGUCUUAUCUAGCAAAACAAAUGGUUAUUUUCAUUAAAAAAUAAAAUGUAAAUGCUUUUUAAUCUUAAACGCUCGUCUUGUCUUGCUCUCCCUGAACUCUGUGUGUUCUGGCUCAAGACAGUUAGGGUAUGUUGAAAAACUCCAAUCAUAUUUUCUCCCUCAACUUCAAAAAUCAUUUCAAAAUCAUCCUACAUCGCUGCAUAAGUACCAACCCAGUCUUUGCAAAGUGAACGUGCAAAGAAGAUCAAACACCCUUAACAAAAAAGGUAAAACAGCGAUAUAGGAUGAUUUUGAAGUUGAGGGAGAACAUGAGAUGGGAGUUUUUCGACAUACCCUAACUGUCACGAACCGGAAAAAAACAGGCAGAGUAAGACAAGACGAUCAUUUGACAUUAAAAAGUAUAUAAAUUGUAUUAUUUUUAUGAAAAUAAAUGAUCGUUUUGCUAGAUAAGACUCUCGGCUGGGAUUUACAACCGCAUUUGGGAUCAUUUGAAGCCGCAUUUAAACUACAUUUGGAUGUUCAAACUCGGGGCACCAUAGAAGUCCACUAUAUGGAGAAAAAUGCUGAAAUGUUUUCCUCAAAAAACAUAAUUUCUUUACGACUGAAGAAAGAAAGGUAUGAACAUCUUGGAUGACAAGGGGUGAGGACAUUAUCUGUACAUUUUUGUUCUGAAAGUGGACUUCUUUAAGAGUUAGGAGACCUAUAAGGGAUAGGGAUAUGGUUAAGAUUAUGAUUGUUUGAAAGGAAUGGUAUACUGUGGUAUGCUCAAAGUGAACUGUGCUUGAUUGUGACUCGCAGGAAUCAAGGAAUAUUUUGUGCACGUUUGAAUUCUGGCAAGAUAAAACACAGUUACACAGUGAUUCAAGAGCAGUGCCUGAUUGCAAAUCAUAGAACAGGUAAUUUGAUCAUUUAUUAUGAGGCAUAGCUCUUACUAGUUGGCCUCUGGACUCACCCCCAUCCGGGUCACGGAACCAAUACAAGCAGUUCUGCUUGACUACUAUGAGUGGCGAUUGGACCGCAUGCUAACAAGGACGCUAAAGACUACAGCCUCUAUUUUGUCACCUCUCAAGGCCAGGGAGGUCAGGUUUACUUGUGCAACUCUUCCUAGCUGGCCUCUUGUUACCUCUAGACCACACCUGAUAAUAUAAUACCAUGCCUAUUAGAUUGUUUGCAGCUUUCUUUGUUUUUGUGUUUAAAAUGAAAAAACUAUGUUUUAGUGAUUUUAUUUAUUUUUUUUAUUAUUUUUUAGCUAAGUUUAACAACUUAGCAGUUCCCCUUUUCUUAAAGUCUCUUUUUCCACAGUUUUGAAACAACAUCCCCCACCCUUUCUACUCUUGUAGUUCAAUCUUAUGAAAAAUUAAAUGUCCAAGCUUUGCAGCAGCAGCCCCUUACUUUCUUUCCACACCGAUUCACAACAAAUUCAGGUUGUCUGAUUGCCUUAGUAAACAUUGCAGGAAUUGGUUAGAGCAGACACUGACUUACCCGGUGCGAUUCUGUCAGGCCCUUCAGUCAGCGCGACAGCUUUCUACACAAGUCAAACUGUUUAUCCCCGCGUCUCGGUUCAUCUUAUUUCAUUCGUCUCAUCCAUCCUUUGCCACUUCAACAGUGAAGCUGUCGAGAUGGCAUCCACAUUGCAUUAGACACUAUAGAUGUUAAAAGGGUUUUAAUGAUACAGAUCCUUAAUACGGUGAAGAGGAACCUGACGCAAUAGCUAGAUUAACGCCAAACCCUCACCCUAAUCCCUAGAUCCUCUUCAACGUACACUCACCUCACAAAAUUCUCCCAUCGCUACUUCUGCUCUCUACUUGUGGCCUCAGCUAUUGCUGGAGAGAGUACAUAUUUGAGUGAGUAGACAAUAUCUCUUCUGACGAACUGUAGAUGAGAUGAGGUGUUCUUUUGCUAAAGUGCAUUGGAGUGAAGAUAUUCAGAGUCUCUGUAGAUGGAGGAGAGAGUCCUUACUGAAAGCUCAAGCAAACACUCUAGCAUCUUUCAUAUACUACUGACAAAAAGCAGCCAGCAAUAUACGUAGCUGUGUUUUCCUACUUAAACAUGAAGCAAGUAACUGCAAAGCUUAUUUAGUUAUAAAUAUCAUUGAAGUAUAAUGGACACAUGUUAUCAAACCUAAAAUGUCUGACUGGUAUACUUGGCUGUGUUGUGCUCUCUGAUACCCUUUUGUCCACUAUUAAUGUUCACACAAGUGUCUUAACGAAGUGUGUAGUGCAAGUGUAGUACAUUUUUCCAAUGUUUGCCAGACAUUUCAUUUUGAACACUACUGUAAACCUGUAUUGCUUUUUUUUAACUUAUAAACCUAACUUAUAUUGUAAAACAUUUGCUUGGGAUGUGCUAUUUUGUGACAUAAUACCGUGACAUUCAUACAUACAUUUAAAUGUGGCUUAAGUCCUCAGAUACUUUUUAAGGUGUGUAUUUGCAUCCAGGUGCAAAUAGCAUUUACCACCCAGCCCAGCUACUGUGUUUGCACUCCAGGAAGUUUGCUGGAACCAUAGAAAUCUAAUUUAGGACAUUUCGGUUAUAUUGCUGUAGUAAUGUGGAGAGUAAAGGAAGGAUCAAUAUGCAAACAACCAGAGUUUGACUCAUUCUUAUUGCCUUCCUCUUUUCUUGUCUCCACUCCUGAUACUUAAUUUAAUUUUACAUCUAACAAUAAAUAAAACUGAUAAACAGGUUAAAUGCAACACAGUGCGAUGCUCUGUGUGUUCAGAGAAUAGUUUGGUCCAGCUAAGGCAAAGUGGGCCAGAGCAGGACUGAAAAAUCCAACCUUCACCUGCAGGCUUUUGCGGGUGGGCGCAGGUCAAAAUAUUACAUGAAUUUUGCAGGAGUGGGCCAGAAUCUCACGGGAACAAGCUGGAGCAGGUCUUGAAAAUGUAAGAAAUGUUAUGUGGUACACUACUGUCUUUAAAUCAUUAUAAAGGUUUAAGAACUAUAAAAUAACGUCUAUGACUUUUAUUUUAAAUCUGUAUAAAAUGCACAAAUGUUACAGUGCUUCUGUGGCCUCACCAUUUUUUUUGAAUAUGUGGAUUACUUGAAACUUUUGAUUUGUAGCUAUAAAAUACUUGUAUUUUAUCCUAUGUGGCGGUACCUAUAAUAAACACCAGUUUUGUGGAGAUGAGGGUUUCCUUAAAAGAGGUUUUCAGCUUCUGAUUUCUUUUUGUCUCAUCUGACGCAUGUAAACGUUUAAGGAACAAUAUCACUGUCAAUACUGCGUGUCCCCCUGUAGUAUUAUAUAUAUAUAGCAAAAUGUUAAUGCAUAAUGGAAACAUUUUUUUGCUCUUUUAGUAAUAUUUUAUUGUUCUUUAUGUUGUCUACCAUGUUUACCUUAUUUGUGCUACAUUAUAACUGUAUGGAAAUUUUGCACUGCCUUUUAAUGUAAACCUCUGUUCAAACUUAAUUUAUUUGUGCACUUCAAAGUGUGUGUGUAUGUUACUGAUAACCCCUUAAUCAGAUAUGCACUUUAAAUGUAUAGAUGAGAGAUGUUUUCAUGUGCUUUACAUCUCUUCAUAAGGCUGAGUGUACAAGAGCUCUAAAUAAAGACAGCACCAA